AUGCCGAUCGGGGAUCUCUUGGCCCAAAUCAGCGGUGGAAAGUCCUCGGACAGCCCUGCGCCCGCUAUUCAACGAAUUCCCAGCGUUUCUAUCAAACGAAAGGCAGAUGAUGAUCUUCCCAGGAAUGACUCCAAGACACCGCGUCUCUUCGCAGAGCCGGCAAAGGUGCCCCAGCGGCCCCUGACCGCCACUUUACCGAGAGCGACUCCGAUCCCUUCAAAGCCGGUAAAUAUUGCUAGUCGACCAGCAAAGCCAGUUGUUGCUAGCAGACCACCCCCGCCCCCAGUCGACUCAGGCAAGCCCAAAGCUCCUCCGAAGAAGGGCUCCUAUGCCGAAAUUCUUGCUCGAGCCCAACGGGCACAGGCCGUGAUGGGCCAAGUCGGCAAAAUUCAACAUAAGAAAGUUGAGAAAGGAGCCAUCAAGAGGGAAAAGGAGAAGGGCGAUGUGAAGGGUGCACCGUCGGGCGCUCAGGGCAAGAAGCAGCCUGCUGGCUACAAAGGAUCGUCAAAGCCGGUACAGCGCAAUGGCACCAACGGGAAUGCUUCAUCGAAAGCUGACCGGAACGGUGCGGCGUCACGACCCACAGCCAAGAGCAUGGCAUCUUCAAGAAAAGCCCCCGAGCCGGAAAAGAAAAUGAAAAAGGCUGCAGUGGCAACCACCGGUUACACCGGAACAGCUCGCCCCAAGCCGGGCGCUGUAUCGAAGAAAGGCAGCGCUCCACGUGGGGGUGCCCUGCUCAAUGCCCCUCCUCCCAGGUCCGGCACAUCCCGACGAUCACGGUUUGAAGAUGACUAUGACGAGGACAUGGACGACUUCAUCGAUUAUGAUGACGAAGAAGACGAAGGUCAACGCUAUGGUUAUGCAUCUGAUGCUUCAUCGGACAUGGAAGCUGGCCUGGACGACAUUGAUGAUGAAGAACGAAUGGCAGAGCGAAUUGCUCGCCGUGAAGAUUUGCAGGAGGAACAGCUUGAGAAAUCGCUAAAGAGGGAAAAGGAAGAGAGGAAGCGUAAAGCCCUCGAAUCCUUGCGGGCUAAUCGACGCUAA